AUAGAUUCAUUAAUGACAUUCUGUUGCUUCCGUUCUGUUACACCUUUCCUUAUUUAUACACAAUCGAAAACCUAAUAAGUUCUUGUAUAACCUACGACUGUUAACAACAAUUGCAGAUUUGCAGUUACACAUAUACAUUCAAUCCGGUCUGUGUUUAUCAUGGACUUCACUUCUCGAUAUCUCUAUCAGCGAAACACAAUGUGUUCUAGUACUUCUCAGUCUUCAGAUUAUACUUUUUUCACUCAACUCGCAGAUCAAUGUGAUAUGGAGGGCUACAAUGGUGGCCGUUAUGAUCGGUUUGUGAUGAGAAGGGAUGACAUGAUGGAGAGAGAGAUGGAGAAGGAGAGGAUUCGGAGAGAGAUUUUGGAGGAGGAGGCGGCGAGGCGGCGAGAAUUGGAGGCGGAAGUGAGGAGAGAUCUUAGGAUUGAGAGGGAGAGAGAGGAGAGAGAGUUUCGGCGGAGAGGGGGUGAUCAGUGGGAGAGGAUUGCAUUGCCUGAGCGUUGUUAUGUUGAACGUAGAUUGUUUGAGAAGAGAGUUGCAUUGCCUGUUCGGGAAAGAAUGUAUAAUUUUUCGCCUUUUGAGGGGAAGGAGAUUAGGGUGUACGAGGAGGAUUCGCCCUGUCAGCCGAUUAGAAGUCGAGUUAAAGCUUCUUUGGAUGAUGUCAAGGUGGAGGAGCUGCCUUUUCAGCGAGCUUCACAGCCAGUGAGGACUUUUGUGGAUGUUGUCGAAGUGGAGGAGCUGCCUUUUCAGCGAGCUUCACAGCUGGUUAGGAAUUCCGUGGAUGUCGUCGAAGUGGAGGGGCUGCCUUUUCAGCGAGCUUCACAGCCAGUUAGGACUUGUGUGGAUGUUGUCGAAGUGGAGGAGCUGCCUUUUAAGCAAGCUUUGCAGCCGGUUAAAAGUGGAGGUAAGAGUUAUUCGGAUUUGGUCAUUGCAGAGGAGCUGCCUUUUCAGCGAGCACAGCCAAAUAAAACUGAAGUUAAGACUCCAUUGGAUGUUGUCAAAGCGGAGGAGAAAAAGCAGAACAUGUUCUUGGCUAAACCUGACGCAAACCAUCCUGGAAAGAAACGUAAAGACAUGGCAUCGCCAGUAGAAGGUCAUAGUGAGGUCACAAAGAAACUUACAAGUGAGUGGAGUUGUGCCUUGUGUCAAAUUAGUGCUACAAGUGAACAGGGUUUACAUGAUCAUCUAAAAGGAAAGAAACACAAGAAGCAGGUUGGACAAAAGGCAGGGAUGAUUGGAUUAUGCCCAAACAAAAUUAUUAAUCCCGUCAAUCCUAGCCAAGUUGCUAAGAAAAAUGUGGAGACACGGGUGGAAAAUAAAAAUAUCGACAUUGUUAAGAAGAAAGAAAGUGGAGGAGCAGUCCGGAAGAUCUCUAAAAGAAAAGCAAUGAAUUUCAAAUUCUAUUGCCAUAUGUGUGAGGUUGGAGCAUUCUCCGAGGAGAUUAUGAAUAGCCAUAAGACGGGAAAGAAGCAUAUGCUUCGCCUUCAUCAACUAGGUGCACAUAUUUAACACAAUCAUGUAGGACAAAUUAAGGAGAGUCUAUGGAGCAGAGAUUAUGGGUCGAGAUGGUGCAUAAGGUAAGUAUUAGAGAUUAUUCUAGGUUGCAACUGACAUGAUCACUGGUUGGGCAAGCAGGACUACAAGAGUGUGUAAGAGUUUCAGAUUUUGAAAUUGAGCUCCAAUUACAAACUUCGUUUCGAUUUAUUUCUUAUUGUAAUUUGUUAUCAACCCAGUCGAUUUUUGUCGUGGACACUCAGCAAUGCUUUUUCAAUGAAAUUAGCAUGGUUAUUGAUUGCAAA